AUGAAGCUCGCCGCCACUCUUGCUACCUUGGCCAUGACCUUGGCGACCUUGACCGCCGCGAAUCCCUCGCCCGAGGACCUUGGUCCGCGGGAUAACAUCCUUGAGCCUCGCAAGGGCUGCAGCGGCCAGCGCAAUGGCGAAGAUAAAUGCUCCGGAAAGAGGCUGGGGCCGCAGAACUCGUUCCACAACUGCAAAAAUCGAGAUGGCAAAUGCUGCGCCAAGAACAAGGACGGAAGCGGUGGCCUGGAUGCUUCAAGGGGUCAGGGGAGAGAGGACUGCGGUUUCUGCUUCACGGGCAAGUGCAAGGCCUAA